AUGUCAGCAAACAAUAGGCACAGGGAAGAACAAGACACCACUUUGGCCGUAAAAGAGGAUCCUGAAAUAUGCCAGGAUAAUAUGUCUAGCUCAGAGGAGCCACCAGAUGGUGGUCUUUGGGCAUGGAUAUCAACUGUAUGUGUUUUACUUAUUAACACCUUCAGUUGGGGGCCUAAUGCAUCCUUUGGUGUCUAUUUGAAUUAUUACAUCACUGAGCAAUACUUUGACGAAGCAGAUACCGAGCAAUACGUGAUGAUUGGUGGAUUAGGCUUAGGUUUAUCAUUUUUGGCAUGUGCUUUCACAAAUGGGUUGUGUCGUCGAAUUCAUUACAAGAUUAUCAUGACGCUAGGACUUUGUAUCACUUUCUUGUCAUAUUGGUUGGCAUCAAUAGCAACGACAGUAAUACAGCUGAUUAUGUUUCAAGGUUUUCUUUUAGCAAUUGGCUGGUCAUUGGUUGCUGGGGCAACAUUAGUUAUUAUUCCCACAUGGUUUUCCAAGAAAAAAUCCGUUGCCCAAGGUAUAGCCACUGCUGGUGGUGGUUUGGGAGGUAUUAUCUUUAGUAGAUCUGUUGAUGAAAUAAUCAAACAAUACUUAAAUAAUCAAAAAUAUGCUAAUAAUCGUAAGCAUGGCUUGAGGUUGGGUGUUGCAUGGGCUCUUCGGAUGCAAUCAUUUGUAUGUGGAUUCAUGCUAGCUAUAUCAAUUAUCUUUAUUCGGUCUUUUACCCCCCUUAAAAAUACAUCAAAAGAUAAAAAACCAUUUCAUGUUGAAAUAUUUGCUUUCCUGUCCAGGAUUGACCUUUUAAAGAAAUUACCGCUUGCUUGCCUUAUGUUCUGGAACAUGUCCUAUAUGUUAUCUUAUAGUAUACUUCUAUUUUCAUUGUCAUCGUACGGCACUAGUAUUGGUUUAACGUACAAACAAGGGUCUAAUGUUACUACAAUACAAAGUUUAGCUCAAACAAUCGGUAGACCACUAUUGGGAGUGUUGUCCGAUAGAGUAGGUAGAGUGAAUGUCUCUCUCUUAGCAACUUUUUUAAUAACAUUGUUCUCAUUUGUAUUUUGGGUCUUUACUACUACUUAUUCACAACUACUUGGUUUUGCAUUCGUUAUUGGCUUGCUACUAGGCAUUAGUUGGGUUAAUUUUGGACCGAUGACAGCAGAUGUUGUGGGAAACAGCGGCGCCGACUUGAAUCAUGCAAUCUCCCUACAGAUGUUUGCAGCAGGAUUCCCAAUGUUGAUUGCCGAAUUGGCAGGGUUCAAGUUGAGAAGAUUCGAUAUGGAGAGACCUUUCUUGUAUUGUCAGAUCCUUGUAGGGGUUGCAGCUGGAGUGAGCUGCCUUGCAUUGUUACCAUUCAGAGAAUGGAAGGUAAAGAGAGCAGUGAAAGCACGGAUAGCAUAUUUGAAACAUUCAGUGAACAAUUUAGACGGCGACAAAGAAGAAGAAGAAGAAGACGCAGCACUUGCAGGCAUGGAUGGUGAGCAGAUGGAGAGAGAGAUCAUGAAGAUGGAAAGGUUGCUAGCAGCGGACGUUCGUUCAUAUAUGUAUAGAGCCGUUUAUCCACUAAAGGUAUAA